AUGAGAUCUAUUUUCUACAUUUUGCUAUCGGCAAGGGUGGCAUUGGCGACCAAGCUCUUGGCCCAAAAGCCACAGAUGGGCUGGAACUCAUGGAAUAGCUUCAAACUCAACGUCAGCGACGAGCUAGUUAGGUCGACCGCCAAUGCCCUCGUCGAUACUGGUCUUGCUAAGGUUGGGUAUGACCACGUGUUGAUUGACGACGGAUGGCAAGACAGUGAGCGUGAUUCAGACGGCAAGCUCGCAGCAAACCACACCAGGUUUCCUGGCGGUAUCUCUGCCACGGCCUCUUACGUUCACACCAAGGGACUCAAAGUGGGAAUCUAUAGUGAUGCCGGCAUCUUCACGUGCGGAAAGUAUCCUGGCAGUUAUGGCUAUGAGGAAAUAGACGCACAAACCUUUGCUGAUUGGGGCGUCGACUACCUCAAGUACGAUAACUGUGGUGGCUUCCAGAGCAACACUCUCUCCGUGCAGGGACGAUUUCUCAAGAUGUCGUACGCGCUGGCCGCCUCGGGUCGUCAGAUCUUUUAUUCGCUUUGCGAGUGGGGGAACCAGUUUCCGUGGCUCUGGGCCGACCAGAUUGGCGAGUCUUACCGAAUGUCUGGCGACAUCUACUCGUCUUUCGCUAAAGACAGAGCAAGUAUAUGCAAAACGGCCUAUUGCAUGAACCAGGGCUAUGCUGGCGUCAGCGUGUUGACCAUGAUACGCAAGAUGAGAGAAAUCAGCCCAUUCUCGAAACCAGGCUCUUGGGCUGACAUGGAUAUGUUGGAGAUUGGGACCUGGACUAUGACGGAGCUGGAAGAGCAAACCCACUUCUCCUUCUGGGCCGCCCUCAAGUCUCCUCUCAUCAUCGGCGCAGAUCUCAAGAACAUCAGCGAUACCUCGCUCGCCAUAUACAAGAAUAAGGAAGUCAUUGCCUUGAACCAGGAUGACGCGGGCCAGCCUGCCGUCUAUCUGCCAAAGCUCUCUGAAGAAGGCAGUUAUCAGGUUUGGGCGGGGCCACUAAGUUCUGGGAAGAGGCGACAUGUAAUCUUGGCCCAGAACUAUGGUAGCGAGGACGUGGACGUCGAGAUCUCCUUGAGAGACAUCCCUGGUCUUUCUGUGGAGCAACAAUUGAAGAUCAGGGACGUCUGGGCAGGAAAAGCCAUUGCUGCAUCUGGUGGCAAGGUUAGCUUGAACGGCAUCAAGCCGACGCAAACAAAGGUCCUCGUCAUUUCAAAGUAG